GUGCAUUGUGGGUGUGGAGGACAUUUCCUAGACUUGUUCCUGUCUCGGUCCUGUCAGGAUCUCUUCCUGUCACUGUGUGUGUGUGUGUGUGUGUGUGUGUGAGAGAGAGAGAGAGAGAGAGAGAGAGAGAGAGACUGUGCGCGUGCUAUCAGCACGUUGUGCAACCAUGUCGAGUCGAGGAGGGAAGAAGAAGUUGACGAAGACGUCUCGCUCGGUGCGAGCAGGAGUGAUUUUCCCAGUGGGCCGAAUGCUGAGGUACAUCAAACACAACCUCCCCAAAUACCGCAUCGGGGUCGGAGCGCCCGUUUACCUCGCUGCAGUGCUGGAGUACCUCACAGCUGAAAUUUUGGAGUUAGCAGGUAACGCAGCUCGUGAUAAUAAGAAAGGUCGAGUGACUCCACGGCACAUCCUGCUGGCCAUCGCUAACGAUGAGGAGCUCAAUCAGUUGCUGAAAAGUGUGACAAUCGCUGCAGGAGGAGUUUUACCCAACAUACACCCUGAACUACUCGCUAAGAAGCGAGGCUCUAAAGGUAAACUGGAGGUUGUGGCGUCACCUCCGCCGGCCAAGACCAACAAAAAAAUACCAAACACCAAAAAAACACCCAGCAAAAAGUCCCCCAGAGUGAAGAGGCGUGGUGAUGGCAGUAAAGCAGUGAGUGCAGACAGCACCACCGACUCUCCGUCUGAGGGCUUCGCCAUUCUUUCUUCUAAGAGCCUCUUCCUGGGACAGAAGUUGAAUCUGAUUCACAGUGAGAUCAGUAAUUUGGCUGGUUUUGAUGUGGAAGGUGUCAUUAAUCCCACUAACGCUGAGAUUGACCUUAAAGAUGAUUUAGGGAGUGCGCUGGAGAAGAAGGCAGGGAAGGAGUUUGGUGAAGCCGUGUUGGAGCUGCGCAAGAAGAACGGCCCUCUGGAGGUGGCUGGAGCGGCAAUGACGUCGGGUUAUGGCCUUCCAGCCAAGUUUGUGAUCCAUUGUAACAGUCCCGGCUGGGGCUCGGACAAGUGCGAGGAGCUGCUGGAUAAAACCGUGAAGAACUGCCUCGCCCUGGCUGACGAAAAGAAACUCAAGUCUGUGGCGUUUCCCUCCAUUGGCAGCGGCAGGAACAAUUUUCCGAAGCAGAUGGCCGCUCAGCUCAUCCUGAAAGCCAUUAGCAGCUACUUCGUGUCCACCAUGUCGUCCUCCAUCAAGACUGUCUAUUUCGUCUUGUUUGACAGUGAGAGCAUUGGCAUCUAUGUCCAGGAAAUGGCCAAACUCGACACCAAAUAAAGUUCUAUCCAUGUGUUUUUAUACAUAGAUCUCCACAUUAGAGUCCCAGGUAUGCUGAUGAUGUCAUGUGAUCUCUCCAUGCUGAAAAAUGAGCAGUUCCCUCUGGAUGGUUCUUCCAAAAAAAAAACAAACAGAUAGAAUAAAAAUCCUGAUGUUUUCCUGCACUGCUGGAUUGAAAUAUCCUGGUGAUUUGGUUCACUUGAAAAUUUGAUUAAGUGUUUACUCAGUGUGUGUAGACUGCGGUGUUCCUCAGGGCUCAGUGCUCACUCCUCUGCUCUUUUGGCUGGUUUUAACGUUGCAUGAAUUUUAGUGUUGUUUGUAAAAAUCAUUAGAUAAUUAAAUCUGAUUAGAUAAUAAAUGAGUAAGAAUUACUAAUAUUUACACAUUUUAUGAUUCUGUAACAAUAGUACAUGAAGAAUCUUGACUUUAUCUGGGGCACUAAUGUGGGACUGUGUUUUUAUCAGAGUUUAAAGAUGUUUAAUGAGUUUCUUUUGUGGAUUUUAUGUUGAGAUGGUGGUCGGGUGUGUUUGUCUUCUUGUCUCACUGAAGGACUGUCAUUUAUUAGAGACUGAGUGGACUGUACACACACACACACACAUACACACACACACACCAACCAAUGAAGGAAAUGUUCAUAUUCUGUCUGGCACAAACUUGUUAACAAAUUCUUCAUAAAAAAGCUUCAUUAGCAUUUCUGUGGUUUCAUACGCCGGACACACGGAGUGUUCUGAUAGCCGAUCACUAAGUAAAAGUCAGUGUAAUGUUGUUAGUAGUACCUGGUUAAUCAGACAGAGGUUACUGGGGUUGCUGUGAUUGUGUACAUACUGCUCAGAUUUCUGUGACACUGACAUGACAUAAAUCUGCUAUAAUACUUUAUAAGUUGAUGAAUGGUUGUUGCCCCUGCAAUAUUAUAAAACUUUAAAUAUAAUUAAAUGUUUACAUUUAUAUUCUUUUUAUUCCGAUUUGCCAAAAACAUACAUGAGUACUGUGCAACACAACCUAAUGAGAGUCAUAUAUAUGGAACAGUCCAAGGCAAUGUGAGGGGGUGGGGCUUUGGGGGGUGGUUUGUAGAUGGGACAUUCCGGACAGUGGAUAUUUUGUGUGUGUGAUACACACUGGUGUUUGUGACAUAGCGACAUAGCUUUAAUUCUCCUACGUUCUGAUUUCUUUCCCUGAUGAUUAAGUAGAAUUAUAAAAUGUAAAACAGAUUAAAUGUAUGAGCGAUGUUUUAAUAAAACCCUUUCUCCAGUCA